ACAAGCCCCUAGCAACCGUGGCAGGACAUAAAAGGCAGAGCCGGAUACGCAGAAGAGAAGCCGGUAUACACCAAGUGCAGUAUGAUCACAACUAGAGAGAAGCUGAGGACUUUUGGACAACAAUCCUUCGAUCUACCAUGCCUGGCCUAAUCGUGCAGUAUCCUACGAAAAGUUUCAACAUGGAAAAUGAUGAUCAUGGAAGAAACAAGAACCUAGGAAAGAACCUCAUGUGCCGACUAAAGUGUAUGUUCUCCGACUCACCUGCUCAGGAGAGGCUAAGUCUGGAAGAUACCCAACAAUGGGCCCAGUCUCUGGAGCGCCUUCUCGGGUCAAAAUAUGGCUUGGCCACAUUUCGCACCUUUCUCAAAUCAGAAUACAGCGACGAAAACAUGGAAUUCUGGUUGACGUGCGAAGACUUCAAGAAAAUCACGUCCUCACAUAAGAUGACAUCAAGGGCAAAGAAAAUAUUCGAGCAAUUUGUUAAAGCCGAAUCUCCGAAAGAGAUUAACAUUGACCACCAAACACGAGAAGAAAUUAAGAAAAAUGUAAGAAGGCCGACGGUGCAAUGUUUCGAUGAGGCUCAGAAGAUUGUUUACGGACUGAUGGAACGGGAUUCUUAUCCCAGGUUUCUACGAUCUGAGAUGUACAAGACUCUUCUUGAUUCCCUCGCUGUGGACACUGAGCAAGGAUGACUGGAUUUGUUAUACCAAAGCUAAAACUGGAAUAUUGUGAACUUGUUUGUUUGUUUGUUUGUUUAAUGCUAUUACAGCAUCUAUGACUAUAUUCAUGGCGAGAACUGAGUAUAUCUCUAAACAAGUUGGGGAAGGACAAAUUGCCAUUUCCAAUUUACCUAAACUAUGGGAGAAAACCGAAGUAUCUGGAAUAAACCCAUGCUGACUCAGGGAGAAAAUGUAAAUUCCACACAGAAGACCUAAUCUGACCUGGCCGAGUCUUCUGGACUUCUUUGCAAAAGCCGAACCCUGCAGAACCUCAAAACAUGGAUCCCAACUCAGGGGGCCUAACAUAACCCUCAAAGUCCCUCUGGGACUUAAAGAUUAAAGCAGUAAGACUGUAGUGUACCGAUCUACAACAAAGCAAUUCUGGGACUGGGAGCCUCAUUGCACUAAACCUACAGUUAGCCCCAAGCGUAUUUUAUUAUUAAAGUUUUUUUUGACAACUUCUCUACUGCAGAGGUUUCCUGUGUAGAUAAGCGUUCAGCUCCUUAAAGCUUUUCCGGUGGUUUUACAAAACUACAAUGUUGGCACAACACUAUCUGCUCCUGGAGCUUUCAGGAGAUCUUUAAGAACUGUUUUGCCAUGUCUUAUAAAGAGUUUCAUACCAAGAAAAAUCUAUCUCAGCCGGUAUGAGAUUCUUGCAAGAGGAAUUGUUAAAUGUGUUUUAAUAUUGCCAAAGAUGUAUAAUUUAAAUGACCUAUUGAACUCCUCAAAAAAUAAAAUAAAAACUGUAGCAUGUGUGCCACACACAAAAACUGUAAUGUCAUGAUGUUUAAAGGGGUCAUUCGAUGUUGCUAUAAAGAACAUUAUUUUGUGUAUUUGGUGUAUUGCAAUGUGUUUAUGGGUUAAGGUUAAAAAAACACAUUAUUUUCCACACACGGUAUUAUUGUUGCUCCUGUAUACUAACGUUUUGAAAAGCUCAGUGUGCUAUGAUUGGCCAGCCAUCCAGUGCGCUGUGAUUGGCGUAACACCUCAAGCGGAAAUGUUACCAUAUUUGGAAUAUCAGCUCCUAAAGCACACUGUCUUUACAACAUGGCGGCGGUGACAACAAUACUAAAGCGAGAAUAAAAGUUAUGCCUUCUUUCUUUGCAUUUACAUUUUGGUGGUGUUAUGCAAAUCUUCCCACAUAGUGGCGUAGAUCUUUGGAGGCGUGUUUGAGUUAGCCUUCACUUUUAGAAAGAAUAUCUCUCUGGGUUUGCAACUUUAAUCUUUGCGACUACACAGAUCUUCUAUAUGCACAAAGAGCUUUAACCCUCCAAACAGAAAAGAAAUUAUGAAAUCACAUCAUAUGACCACUUUAAAGCAAAUGUACUACUGCACUAUGACUGUUAUUUAUUAGAUGCAACCACUGGUUGGAUUUUGACAUAUGUUGUGUCAACUUUAAUUAUUAAGAAGAAUAAAAUUAAAAUUGGAUAUUGUUCAACUUUAUUCUUGGGUUAUGCAGUUACUGCAUAAAAAUACAAACUUGUCAGAAAAUAAAUUUUGCUUUAUAUUUAA